AUGGCGUCUGAGAAAGUUGACCACGACAUGGCUACCGCUGAGAAGCCUGCGCAGAGCUGGCAUAUCGACGGCGUUGAAGCCCCCGACAGCCAGCCAGAGCCGGAGAAAGGCGCUGUCAAUGCGCUGCUGAUCCUGGCCUGUAUUUCCUUUGGGUCUGCUUCGUUUGUCUUUGGCUUCGACGACAAGGUCAUCUCUCCUCUGGCAGCCCUCAGCGAGUUUGUCCAAACAUUCCAGGGCCCCAACCCCGUCGACGGUUCUCUCGUCCUGACUGCUCGCAACCAAAACCUGAUCUUCUCCGUCCCUCUUGUCGGCUCCAUCCUUGGCGGCGUGCUCGCAUCGCCGCUGAACAACCAUCUUGGCCGCAAGUGGCCUCUCAUCGGCGCAUACAUCCUCUCCAUUGGAGGCGGCUUUCUACAGCUCUUCGCCAGAAACGUCGCGGAGUUUGUCGUCGGCCGCUUCCUGAACGCCAUUGCCAUCGGGAUUGCCAAUGCCACCGCGCCGCUCUAUCUCUCAGAGGUCGUUCCCCCUUCGAUGCGCGGCCGCAGCGUGACUUCCAUCAACAUCCUCUCCAUGGUGGCCGGCGUCAUAUCAACCGUCACCGUUGACGCCACCCAGAAGCUCUCCGACAGACGCCAGUACAUGAUCCCGCUGGCGAUCCAAUGCGCCCUCCCAGCCCUGAUCCUCAUCGUGACCAUCCCCCUCCCCGAAAGCCCGCAGUGGCUCAUCAGCAAAGGCCGCGCUACAGAAGCCCACACCAACCUACGCAAACUACGCGGCUUCUCAGACUUCCAAGUUGCGGACGAGCUGCGCGUCAUGCAAGCCUGCGAGGAGAACGAGCGCGCCCUCUCAGCAAACAUCCGCUUCUGGGAGAUCUUCGACCGCGCAAACCUCAAGCGCACCCUGACAGCCGGCUCCUUCUACUCCCUCAACCAAAUCUCCGGCAUCAUCCUCUCAACCACCUACACAACCGUCUUCCUGACCCAGAUCGGCGUCGGCGACGCAUUCACCUUCACCGUCAUCGCCUCCUGCUGCACACUCGCCGGCACAAUCGCCGCCCCCCUCGUCAUCGACCGCGCCGGCCGCCGCCCAACCGCCUUCGUAGGCAUGACCGUCCUCCUCCUCAUCGACAUCGCCGCCGGCGCACUCGCCUUCUACACAGACAAGAGCACAAGCAUCGUCCUCGCAAUCGCCGCCCUCGGCUUCAUCUUCAACUUCUUCUGGGGCGCCGGCUUCUACUCCCUAUCCGCGCUGAUGCCCACCGAGAUCGCGACCCCCAAGCUACGGAACCAUACCAUGGCGUAUACGAUUGCGUGCGCGCAGACCAGCGCCGUGAUCACGACGUUUGCGGUGCCCCAGCUUACGUCCGCGGAUGCGGCGAACCUCGGUGCGAAGACGUACCUGGUGUUUGCGGGCUGUAUGGCUUGCGUUCUGGUGUUUGUGUACUUUUAUAUGCCCGAGACGAAGGGGCGGACGUUUGCAGAAGUCGACGAGAUGUAUGAUGCUAAGAUUCCGAUGUGGAAAUGGCGAGCAUACCAGACUAGCACGGGGGCGAAGCCUGCUGCGUCGAAAGAUGCGAGUGCGGCGUGA